AUGUCCGCUCUCCUCAAGAAGCCUGUCAAGAUCGCCCUGGUGCAAUUAGCCAGCGGUGCUGACAAGGCUCAAAACCUCAUCCAUGCCCGAGAGAAAGUCCUCGAAGCCGCCAACGGUGGUGCCCAGAUUAUCGUGCUGCCGGAAUGUUUUAACUCGCCGUAUGGCUGUGACUAUUUCCCUGAAUAUGCCGAAACCCUCCUGCCUUCCCCUCCUACAAAAGAACAAUCACCAUCCUUCCAUGCUCUCUCUGCCAUGGCAGUUGAGGCCAAGGCGUACUUAGUCGGCGGCAGCAUACCAGAAUUAAACACCAAAACGAAGAAAUAUUAUAACACCUCACUCACCUUCUCGCCCACGGGAGAAUUACUAGCCACACAUCGGAAGGUGCAUUUGUUUGACAUUGAUAUACCGGGAAAGAUCAAGUUUAAGGAGUCCGACGUCCUGUCCCCGGGCAACAAAAUUACGAUUCUAGACCUGCCUCCGUAUGGGAAGAUUGCUAUCGCCAUCUGCUAUGAUAUUCGGUUUCCGGAAUUAGCAAUGAUAGCGGCACGGAAAGGAUGCUUCGCGCUCAUUUAUCCCGGGGCGUUUAAUACUACGACCGGGCCGCUGCAUUGGAGACUGCAGGGCCAGGCGCGAGCGAUGGAUAACCAGCUGUAUGUGGCAUUGUGUAGUCCAGCGAGGGAUAUGAGUGCGAGCUAUCAUGCCUGGGGUCAUAGUCUGGUGUGCGAUCCCAUGGCACAGGUAUUGGUGGAGGCAGGGGAGAAGGAAGAGAUCGUCUAUGCAGAUUUGAAUAACGAGAAGAUUGAGGAGACAAGGAAGGGGAUUCCUAUUACAUGGCAGAGGAGGUUUGAUGUUUACCCGGAUGUCAGUGCGGGGGAGGUGAGCCUUGAGGAUGAGGUUUGA